GCAGGAGUAUCCUUAUGCGAUUGUAUGCAUACACAUUAAUUAAUUUGAAAGUCAUUGUAUCAAAGUUCAGCUGUAUAAAAUUACGUAAGAAGAAAAAUACAGGUCUGGGUUAGGUACUUGUUGUACUUUGAUCGGUUAUGGACGGGAGACUGAUGAUUGUGCACAUAGAACCGUAACCGCCGCGAUAUAACUUAUAUCAUAUAAAAGAGUUCAGUGAUCAGGUUAGAGUAGGUGAAAGCACGGGACUGGUGCUCGCGGGUGAAAUGCUUGUGGAACGUCAUUCGGUUGCGGUGUAGCUGAUUCACUGCGGCUGUCACCCCACCACCUGUUCACCUUCACGAACCUCCAAACUGGACGCAGAAGAGUUGUGACCGUCGUGGUGGACGGGUAAAGAUUUUUUUUUCGUUCAUCGGACUUUUGGGCGAUCUGGAAGAAUGGCGCCAGCAAUCAGUAAAUUCGCAACCAGGCGCACGGUUGCUGGUGCUUGCGCGUUGACCGCGUUGAUAUGGAUCCUAAAACGAAGAGGCAGAAAGCAAGUCACAAAGAACAGGAAUGCAUGGCCCGCUCAUGACAUUCAAUAUGUUAUUAAAGAGAAGCCGAAACGUCCGAAAGCGUACGUUAAUGCUCGAUUUUUCCGACAACUACGACAGCUACUCAAGAUCGGUAUACCAUCCAUCGUGUCUCCGGAAUUUGGAUUUGUUCUUCUAGUUGCUGGUUCGUUGGUUGCGAGAUCAGUGUGCGACCUGUGGAUGAUAAAUGUAGGAACUUUAAUCGAAUCGUCAAUUGUUAAUAUGGAUCAACCCUUAUUUAAGAAACGUCUAUUCAAAUUCAUGGCUCUAUUGCCUGUGAUCUCUCUUGUGAACAACGUACUGAAAUAUGGAAUAUACGAAAUGAAACUGAGGUUACGUACAAAUAUAACACGAAAUUUACUGGAUCAGUACCUGAAGGGCUUCACAUACUAUAAAAUGAGUAACUUGGACAGCCGAAUAGCGAAUCCAGAUCAGCUUUUAUCUACAGAUGUUGAUAAAUUCUGUGAAAGUUGCACAGAUCUCUACAGCAACGUUGCAAAACCUUUAUUGGAUAUUUUUAUCUAUGUCUACAGACUCACAACUAACAUUGGUGGUCAGACACCAAUAAUUAUACUGUCGUACCUAAUCUUUGCUGGUGCAGUAAUAACGCAUCUACGUAAACCAAUAGGAUCAAUGACAGUAAAAGAGCAACGGCUCGAGGGUGAAUACCGUCACAUUAAUUCACGAUUAAUCACAAACUCCGAGGAGAUCGCGUUCUACCAAGGAAACAAUAGAGAAAAAUUAACCUUAUUAGCUAGCUUUUAUAAACUUGUAACACAUCUUCGGAAGUGUUUGGAAUUCAAAACCUUCAUAGGAAUAAUAGACAAUUUCGUUGGCAAAUACAUGGCAACGAUCGUUGGUUUCUAUGCAGUAAGCAUGCCGUUCUUCCAAAAGAAUCAUCCGAUCCUAUCAGGGACCCCUGAUCAUCGAUUUAAGAGUUAUUACACGUACGGUCGUAUGUUAGUAAAACUAGCUGAAGCUACAGGUAGAUUAGUUUUAGCUGGACGAGAAUUAACACGGCUGGCAGGAUUCACGGCCAGAGUUACAGAGAUUAAAGUUGUCCUGGACGAUCUGAACGCGGGAAAAUAUACAAGAACAAUGAUUUCGGACUUUAAAGAUGAACCGAUUGGGAGUCCAGGCGCUGGGAAGAUUGUGACCAAAGAUAACAUUAUACAUUUCGAUCGUGUGCCAUUAGUAACGCCAAACGGUGAUGUUCUAAUCAGAGAGCUAUCGUUCGAGGUCAACUCAGGAAUGAACGUAUUGGUAUGCGGUCCCAAUGGUUGUGGAAAGAGUUCCCUCUUCAGAAUUCUUGGAGAAUUAUGGCCAGUUUGGAGCGGAACGGUAACUAAACCCCCACGUGGAAAAUUGUUUUACAUACCACAACGUCCUUACAUGACCUUGGGUACACUGAGGGAUCAAAUAAUUUAUCCUCACACAAAAGAAGAAAUGAUUAGGCGUGGUAAGGUGACGGACAACGACCUUAAGAAGUUGUUGGAUCUAGUUCAGUUAAGUCACCUUUUGGAAAGAGAGAAUCUUACAAAUACGGAAGGUCUAGGGUGGGACGUUGUAGCGGAUUGGAUGGAUGUACUGUCGGGCGGUGAAAAACAACGUAUAGCGAUGGCUCGACUCUUCUAUCAUAAACCUCAGUUUGCGAUUUUGGAUGAAUGUACGAGUGCCGUUAGCGUUGACGUUGAAGACUCGAUGUACUCAUACUGCAGAAAGGCGAACAUCAGUUUGUUCACAGUGUCCCAUCGACGGUCGCUUUGGAAGCACCACGAGUAUUAUUUGCAAAUGGACGGAAGGGGAGGCUUCGAAUUCAAACCCAUCGAGCCGGACACGGAAGAGUUUGGGUCGUGAAUCUUCGUGUCCCUUGCAUCCAAUCUAGUACUUGCCAAAAUGCAGGGGACGGUUCCUUUGUAAUCCGAUUGAUGAACAAAGUAUUUAAUGUGACAUUUUGUUUUACUUAACAAUUACACGCGGAUACAGCCACGUGUUGUCAACCUGCACAGAUUUACGAUUACAUGUGUAUAUCACUAUUUAAGACGUAGCGCAUAAUACCUGUAUAUUUUUUAUAAAUGUUUUUUUAGAGGUUAACGCGUAAGCGUUCUAUGCAAUAUAGGCCCUAAUCUGUUAGUACCCUUGAAUAUUAAAACUGUAUAAAUAUACGUUCUUCGAAUACUAUCAAGAGGGGAAAAAUGUAGGAAUAUAAUUCCUUUUGUGGGUGGGAAGUUUAAGCUAUACCGUUCGACUCGACCAAGCAUAUUUUUGAUACCCAACAAUUUUUCUCUAGUACAAAACCGUAUGACCAGUGAAUGUUAAAUGUAUCACGUACGUAGAAGAAUUUACUACGGGAAUAUGUAUGUAUAUGUACACACGUGUAUAUGAAAAGACAAAACACGGGUUUGUUGUUUCGAAUUAUGUUCUAUUUAAGAAUGCAGUUAUAACUUGUUAUGUGUAGAUCACAUUGAGCAGACUCGGUCAUAGCGUAUAUCGGAUUGCUGGACAAUAAGAAUGUGUAAUGAAAUAAAC